GAAAUUUUAAAUUCAUGUACUCUAAUCCGCCUGACUAAUAUCUAUGCCCAUUUGGGAAACGCUAACUCGCCAGAAAUGGAAGGCGUUUUUCGAAGGCAUCGCCUUUUACUAACUUUCCUCUGCUGUUUAAUGGCUGCUCUGCUGUUAACUAUCCUUUGGUAUCCUGAUCACUUUUCUACCAGUAGGAAAGGUACACAACAGUCAGGGAUUGAAGGAGAUAUCAUACAACAUGAGGAGUCUGCCUUGUUCUCACCUAAAGCCCUUGAUGUCCAGGAUAUUCCUCCAGCAUCAGUCACUCACAAACCAGACCCUCCGACUGGAAAGCCUCCUAAACUAGAAAAGCCUUCCAAACCUAAAAGCCCUGGUUCUUUAGCACCAAAUAGAACUGAAGUGAAUGAGGCUCUCUAUCCUGAUACUACAGUAGAGAAGGAAUGGAUUAGCAUUGAAGAUAGUUCUAACGGACUAACACUGGCUCGUAGGACAGUUUAUUAUGAUACAAGGAGCUCAUUCUCUCCAUCUGUUGUUAUCAUUGUUCUUCACAAUCAUGAGAAACAACCAAAUCUUCCUAAACUUUAUGCUAAAGUGACUGGCCAGAGUUCAUGCAGUGCUGUUGAGCAUUGGAAGCAAACUGGGAAUGUUGUGAAAUCACCAUGGUAUGAAGUAACCCUUAGUCACGUGUAUAGAAUACAACUAAAUCAAAGACCAGAGUCUAUACAACUAUCAAAAGAUAGUCAGUGCAACAAACUGUUACCUUUAAUGCCUGUCUUUAAAGCAAAGGAAGUAAAGAAGAAAUACACAUUCACAACUUGCAUACAGAAAGCUCUUUAUGAUGACAUCCAACCAGCCGAAGUUGUCAAUUUUAUAGAAUUGAACAGAGCACUAGGUUCCUCAAUGAUAACAAUUUACUUUCACAGAAACCUGAAAGCAAAAGAUGCAAUAUACAAGGCAAUAGAGACCUACAUAAAGACUGGGUAUGUUGAGGUACUAGGAUGGUCACUAGUUGACGGAUGGCUGGGUCAGGUUUUUGAUGUAGCACUUUCAGCUUCAGCUACUGAAUGUGUGUACCGACACAUGGCCAUAUCAGAAUACAUGGCACUACAUGAUGUGGAUGAGUUUUUAAUACCCAUGAAACAUGAAGACUGGUUUGGAAUGUUAAAUGAAUUAAAAAACAAAAAUGAUUUAUCAAAAUAUGCUAGUCUAUCAUUUGCAAAUUCACUGUUUCAGGAGAAAGAAGAGGCAGGUCCCAAAAUGGAGUGUGUUGUUCCGAUUUAUUUCAAACGAUAUUUGAGAGAUGAUAAUCCCAAAACAUCUCAUCCUAAAGUGAUGGUUAAUCUCAAUAUUACAAUAACAGCUUAUUGUCACGACAUAAAGACAUGGAAAGACGGAGCAGAAAAAGAGCUACUGGUCCCAUUUGAAAUUGGUCUCCUCUUCCACUAUAGGAAACAACUUGGACAUCGAGUUAAUGUUGCUCAAAGAUGGAAGCAUGAUACCAUUGUCAAUAAAUAUAUGGAUACUGUAAUCGCUGCACUUAGGAAAAACUCAUGCAUCACAAAAUAAAUACAAUUAAUAUCAGUAAUAAUAUUUAUUAUUAUCAUUUUUUCAAUUAUUAAUAACAUUUUAACAAGCUAUUUCUUUGACUGUUUUUGUC